AUGGCAAAAGCCCCAACUUCUGCCCAGAACAGGAGGCCAAACAGACAGGAGGCCAAGGAAGCGCAGAGGCUGGCCAGCGGUGCUGAUGUCACGGUGGCCACGGUGACCCACGGGGUCAAGUGCACGAAAUGGAAUGUUUGGCACCAGCCUGGCGUCAGUGCGACCUGGGUCAGCAGCAGAGCAGUUGGAGGUUACAGCCCGGCGCUGCUGGGCAUUGGAGUCCAUACUUGGCAUCCAGUGUUGAUGUGUGCCAUGUCCGCAAGGAAGCGGAAGGCCCCCGACUCGAUGGAGCAGGCAUGCACGCUGUGUCGCCGGGCAGAAGCUGACCCGGAUACUUGUGGGCGCAAGCUGGAGAAGCAAGGGGUCUGUGCCCAUGAGUUUUGCCUGUAUUUUGCCAACCACCUUUGUCAGCAACGAGUCGAGACCUUAGGACUUGUGGGAUUUCGCUUUGAAGAUAUCCAACGUACAGUCAACUGGGCAGCAGAGAAGGACUGCUUCGUCUGUGGUGAGAGCGGGGCCACCAUCACCUGCCGGGAGACAGGCUGCGACCGCAGCUUCCAUCUCCCCUGUGCUGUGGAGGGUGGAUGUGUCACCCAGUUCCUUUUACAGUACAGGUCCUUCUGCUGGGAACACCGCCCAGAGCAGGCAGUGGAGGCAGCUCCAGAGGAGACCACCACCUGCCUCAUCUGCCUCAACACUGUGGGGGACAGAAAGUCCUAUGGCACGAUGGUGUGCCCAGCGUGCAGACACGCCUGGUUCCAUAGGGGCUGUAUCCAGGGACAGGCUGUACGUGAUGGCAUUACUUGUUUCCGGUGCCCUCUCUGCAGAGACAGGGACGCAUUUCUCUCAGAAAUGCUCACCAUGGGGAUCCGGAUCCCGUUCAGCCUGCCAUCAUGGGACAGCCGUGCAUAUGAGGCACUGAGUGAGCGGCACAGCCGCUGUGACGCCAGGGAGUGCCUCUGCCCAGGAGGCAGGGAGCAGGCAGAGGAAGAGGGGCCAUGGGAACUGCUCCUGUGCCGCUCCUGCGCUGCUGAGGGCACCCACAGGCGGUGCUCCUCUUUGAGGAACAGCACAGCCAGCUGGGAGUGCGACAGCUGUGCCGGCCUGGGCACCGCCUCCAGUGCCACUUCGGAGCGUGCCGGCCCCAGCACUUCCAGCCAGGCAGCACCGGUGUCCUCCAGCAGUACUCCAGCACUUGAGGGCAGCAGUGGCUCAACCCUCCCUGGGCCUCUGCGGGUGCGAGAGCGCUCCCGCUUGCGACGUCGGGGCCGAACUCAUUACAGCCGGCCCAGACGUCGCCGGAGGACCUGA